CAUAAAUCUCCCCCAGUACUGUACAUACUGCAAAGCAAAAAGGAGGCAAGGUUAUGUUUUGGGGCUUCUUUGAUACAUCUGGCAACAGGAUGUCUUAAAUCGGUACAAGGAACAAUGACAUCUCAAGACUAUCAAGGUGUUCUGGAGCAAAGGGAUUGGCUGAUGGAUAUAGUAGGUAACCACCAAGUGUGCAAUUGAGCAUUUGGAGAUGACAUUCUUUCCAGAAAACCAUGGGUUUGUUAAGAUGUCACAAAAUAUAAGUGUGUAUUAGUUGGCUUCCCACUGAGAUCCCUGUUAAUGACAGUUCAUUUGCUCAGCUUCACUGACCAUUUGUCUUGGAGAUACAAGAGAUUGGUGAAAGAGGAGGCUCAUUUACAUAUCCUUGAGCUUAUAACCUGAGGAAAGGGAUGGGGCCAAACAGUUCUCUGCACUCUCUUGUCCUGCACACAAGGGCUACUUGGCAGGACUGUGCUGAGUGAUUUCACAGCUGGAGGCCUGACUUUUUCUCUGCACGACAAGACAUCAGGACUUUGCUGCUUGAAUUUCUGUAUCCUGAAGGAAUAGGAGCAAAGGACUAAAAAUGUUGGACAAUUUUAAAAUCCUUUUGCUGACUUUGAUGUUUUCCUCAUCUUUUGCCGAAAUCGCCCAUUACUACAUCUAUGAAGAGGAAGCACCAGGAACAGUUAUUGCAGUUUUAGCAGAACACCCCAUGUUUAACUCCACAGAAGAACCAGCUACCAACUUCCGUCUUAUGAAGCAGUUCAACAACUCUAUUAUCCAUGUCCGAGAGAGUGAUGGGCAGCUGACCAUUGGGGAAACAAUAGACCGGGAACAGAUCUGCCGACAUUCUCCAAACUGUAUCCUGGCACUGGAUGUGAUAAGUUUUUCAAAGGACCAUUUACAGCUGAUAAAUGUGAAAGUGGAGGUAAGAGACGUCAAUGACAACAAACCUCAUUUUCCUAGCUCUGAGAUGCAUGUGGACAUUUCUGAAAGUUCAUCUGUGGGUACUCGAAUUCCUUUACAAAUAGCAAUUGAUGAAGAUAUUGGGACCAACUCUAUCCAGAACUAUGAACUCUCUGCCAAUGAACAUUUUAGCCUUGAUGUGCAGACCAAAGUAAAUGGAUUUAAAUAUGUUAACUUGGUGUUGACAAAAGAGCUAGACAGAGAAAGUACAUCUGUUUAUACUUUGGAACUGGUCGCUAUGGAUGGAGGAAGCCCUCCACUUUCUGGCAACGCAGUGGUUAAUGUUCAUGUCCUGGACUUCAAUGAUAACAGCCCUGUCUUUGAGAAGAGUCCUGUCGUUGUGGACAUCAUGGAAGAUGCUCCAGUAGGAUACCUUCUACUAGGUCUGAAUGCAGAAGACCCUGAUGAAGGUGUGAAUGGAGAAAUUAUUUACAGCUUCAGCCCCCAGGUCUCUCCAGAGGUACGUCAUCAUUUUAAAAUCGAUCCAAAAACUGGAGGUGUAACUCUUGAAGGCAAAAUUGACUUUGAAACUAAACAGAUCUAUGAGUUUGAUGUACAGGCUCAAGAUUUAAGUCCAAAUCCCUUAACUGCUACCUGUAAAAUAACUGUAAACAUCAUUGAUGUUAAUGAUAAUGCCCCAACCAUCACCAUCACUCCACUGACUACCGUGGACAAAGACAUAGCCUACUUAAGUGAAGCCGCUGCCAUGAACAGCUUUGUAGCAUUGAUCAGCACCACUGACAAGGACUCUGGGUUAAACAGUCAGGUUCGUUGCACUCUGUAUGGACAUGAACAUUUCAAGUUAAAGCAGGCCUAUGAUGACAGCUUCAUGAUAGUCACCACCUCUGCUCUUGAUCGUGAAAAGAUAGCAGAGUAUAACCUUACACUGUUGGCUGAAGACCUAGGAGCCCCUUCACUGAAAACCAUAAAGCAAUACACCAUCAGGGUGAGUGAUGAAAACGACAAUGUUCCUCAAUUUACUAAACCAAUAUAUGAAGUGUAUAUCCUGGAAAACAAUUCUGCUGGUGCUUUCAUCACUACCCUGACUGCUAAAGACUCUGAUCUUGGGCUCAAUGGCAAAAUAUCUUACAGGCUAGUUGAUGCCAAAAUAAUGGGUCAAUCGUUAUCUACAUUUGUUGCUAUUGAUGCAGAGUCAGGUGUACUACGAGCUGUGAGGUCUUUGGACUAUGAAAAGGUGAAACAGCUGGAUUUUGAAGUAGAGGCCUCUGACAAUUGUGAACAACAACUUUCAGCUCGCACUCAGGUGAAAAUCAAGAUAAUGGAUGAGAAUGACAAUGCACCGGUAAUAGCAUUCCCUUUCUUGGACAAUGGGAUGGCAGAAGUUAUGUUGCCAGUUAAUGCUCCACAAAAUUACUUAGUCUUACAGCUUAAAGCCACAGAUAAAGAUGAGGGACUUAAUGCCAAGCUGAUUUACUCUAUAGUACAAGAUAACCAACAACUAUUUGCCAUAAACAGAGGGACUGGUGAAUUAACAUUAACCAAAAGAAUCAAUUCAUUGCAUGAAAAGGAAUUGAGCAUUGUUAUUGCCGUCCAUGACAGUGGGAAGCCUCAACUGUACUCCAACGCAACUAUCACAUUUAUCCUCACAGAUUCAUUUCCAUCUAAUGUAGAGAUAGUUAUCAUGCAAACAUCUGCAGAAGAACAACAGCAGAUGGACUUGUCCAUAGUCUUCAUUGCUGUACUAGCUGGAGGCUGUGCUUUGAUCCUGUUUGCCAUUCUGUUUGUGGCCUGUUCUUGUAAAAAUAAAUCCAGCAAUUCCAAGACAGACAUUGAAGAACAAAGGAUGAAAGAAGAGGGAAAAGACCAACUAUUGGGAAACACAACGAAAGAGACUCAAUCAAGCUCCUCUAUCUCUCAGUCUGACUCAUGUCAACUAUCUAUCAACACCGAGUCAGAAGACAGCAGCCUAUCACCUAGAAGUGAUGAGAGCCAGGACCUCCCAGGUGCUUCACAUAGUUCCGAUUCUGCCUUGUUGUAUCAUUCAUCCAGAUGGCAAAAGGACAGCUCUUCAAGAAGCAUAAGUGUGAGUUCUCAAAUGGAACAGUUAAGUGCAAAGGACAGCGGCAAAGGAGACAGUGACUUUAAUGACAGUGACUCUGAUGCAAGUGGAGACAUUGGGAAAAAAGACUGUGGCAUAACCAAGCAGAAACAAAUUGGUUCUACAUACACUGGACAUUCUUCAACAUACCAAAAUCCAGAAAGUCAACUUGGCCAUGCAAGUAACAAAGCUCUCCAUCCUGGAAAUGUUACAAUGCAAAAGGGAUAUUCUAUGUCUUAUUCCUUAGUGCCAACGUAUUAUAACACAUACCAUCAUCACAGAAUACCCAAUGUACAUAUCCCCCAUUAUGCUGUGAAAGACUCUUACUAUUAUACUAACAGUAUACCAGAGGAACGGAUGCAUGGGCAAUGGGAACGAGACUUGGUUAGCAAACAGACCACACUUUCUCCACCUAGACUACCGAGAAGACACCAAGAACCAAGUUACAAUUCACAAAUCACAUUACAGCCUUGUGAAAUAGCAACAACCUUUUAGUGUUUUGGGUUAUCAUGAACUAGAUUCUCUCCAAAAAGCCACUUCUUUGAGAAGACCAUCUCCGAUCUAGACCAGAUUUUUCUGUGAUUGUUGCCUUUCUUUGAUGUAAAAUAUUUUUUUUGAUGCAGGUUUGUAUGGUUUUCCUGAAGAGGUAUUACUGUAUGUUGUACUAUAGAUUAUAGCCUAUAUAAGGAGAAACAAUGUUUUGGUCAAGUUUAGAACAUAACUAAAUAUAUAUAUAUAUAUAUAUUACAGGUAUUAAUCUUGUACAACAUGGAAAGGUGCGGAUCAGUAGAAUUGCUAUACGAACCCAUGCCCUAGUGUUUUAAUACUCUAAGGCCUAUUAUAAAGGACCACAAUCCUCACUAAUGAAAGUGUAUCAUAGGAAGAUGAUCAUAUUAUGAAUUCAUAAGCACUAUGUGUAUAGAAAUAUAUGCAGCAGCAUGAAGUGUUGCAUAUCUGCAAAUUGUAUAACUGUCAUGAAUGAUAGAAAUUGAGUUAAUGUGACCGUAUCACUUAUUCUGUAAAUAUGUCCUGGAUGUUGUGUGUAUAUAUCUUUAAGUCUAUAUGUAAAUAUACUGUUGUAUUUUGUAAAUUAUUAA